AUCUGUUCCUCGUGUGGAUUGUCAGCUUGUAAUCUGCCUUGCAUUGAAGCUCUGGGCAAGAGAUGGCAUCAAAAGUGCUUCAACAGAUGUAGCAUAUGUGAAGCGCACCUGACAACCUGGUACUUUGAGAAGAACAACGUGUUGUAUUGUAAGGAGCACUACAGGAUCAACUUCCAGGAUGUUUGCAACAACUGCCUCCAUCUAGUUUCUGGGCCUGUUAUGGUGGUGGGUGAGCACAUGUACCACCCGGAAUGUUUCAACUGCAUCAGCUGCGGCACCCUGCUCGAGGACGGGGAGGCGUACGUGCUCAUCGAAAGAUCCAUGCUCUACUGUGGUCCGUGCAGUGAGAAGAAAGAGAGAGAACCUCAAAUUAAGGCACCAUCUUCAUCGUCAUUAUCAACAACAAUAUCAACACCAUCAUCUUUGUUAUCAUCGUCGUCGUCAACAUCUUCAUCGCCGUCGUCGUCAUCAUCAUUUUCAUCAUCUGCAAUUCAUACCAGUUCAAAGUUGACAUCUCCGUCAAUGCCUCACUACAACAAGACGUUUCUAACUGGUGACAAAAUUAUUGAAGUCAACGGGGAGCCAGUGCAAGAACAUUCCAUACAAAAGCGUGGUGACUCACCACUGAGGAACGUUGAGACAACUCAGAACAACAACAGCAACUUCAGUCCCAGCCCCAACGCCAUCAACGUGCUUCCCACCUGUAAGUGUCAUGUCGCAGAGGAACCUGAUACCCUAGCCCAGCAAUCCUGCCAACAUCAGAACAAGCCACACAAUGCAGCUCAUCAAUGUUAUUUACUGAAAGCAAAACAAAAAGCGAGAAGCAACGAGACUCCUUCUGAUUGGACGCAUGUGCAUCGUAUUUUCAGACCAUCUGAUCUGGUGCGAGGGGAAGUGCUAGGAGAGGGAUUUUUUGGCCAAGUCAUUAAGGUGAUGCACAAAGUGACCCACGAAGUGAUGGUAUUGAAGGAGUUGUUCAGAUUUGAUAAAGAAGCUCAUGAAAGUUUCCUCAAAGAGGUAUCGGUCUUGAGAAGUCUUGAGCACCCGAAUCUUCUAAAAUUCAUUGGAGUUUUGUACAAAGGCAAAAAGCUGAACAUCGUAACUGAGUACAUAUCUGGAGGAACGUUGAAAUCUCGCAUACAAGAUUCUUCAGUGGACCUCCCUUGGCCCUUGAGAAUCAGAAUGGCCUAUCACAUUUCUGCUGGCAUGGCAUAUUUACAUUCGAAGAACAUUAUUCACAGAGAUCUCAACUCACAGAACUGCUUGCUGAAAGAAGAUGGAACAGUUGUUGUUGCUGAUUUCGGACUUGCUAGAGUCAUUCCAAAACUGAGGCCUCGUACAACACCAAGCACCACAUCACCGUACACAGUUGUUGGAAAUCCAUUUUGGAUGGCCCCGGAGAUGAUGAAAGGACUUAGUUAUGAUGAAAAAGUUGAUGUCUUCUCAUUUGGUAUCGUCUGCUGUGAAAUCAUCGGUCGAGUUUAUGCCGAUCCCGACCUCCUUCCUCGCACCUCACAAUUUGGUCUCAAUGUUGAAGCAUUUUGGAAGAAGUUCGGUGCCGGUUGCCCGAAGUAUUUUUUCAACAUUGCAGUCUUGUCUUCACAAAUUGAUUCAGAUCAGAGGUUAGUGAUUUUAUUGAACUUUUCAUUUUAA